AUGAGCCUCUCUAUUAAAUCUGUUCAACCAUGCAUUUCUAAUGCCACUCCACAAAUUGCAUGCCCACCUAAAAACUCCAAGAAAAACCUAAUCAUGAAAAUCCAGGUUCCCAACUAUUGGGAAAAUCUUUUCAUAGAGUCCAAUAUCAAUAAUUCCAGCUGGUUUAGGUCUCCAAAUCCAGUGAAACUUAAAGAGAGGUGGAUGGAUUAUCAGGGAAUCAAGAACUGGGAAGGUUUACUUGAUCCCCUCGACGAUAAUUUACGCAGUGAGAUCAUUCGAUAUGGUAAUUUCGUCGAAGCUGCAUAUAGAUCAUUUGAUUUUGAGCCAUCUUCUUCUUCUUAUGCUACGUGCCGGUACCCUAAAAGAAAGCUACUCGAAGAAACAGGAUUUUCCACGACGGGAUAUAGAGUUACCAAGAAUUUAGUCGCAACUUGUGGGAUUCAAUUACCAAGUUGGAUUGAAAAGGCAACGAGUUGGAUGACCAUUCGAUCAAGCUGGAUCGGUUACACGGCGGUGUGCCAUGACAGAAGAGAAAUUUCCAGGCUUGGACGACGAGACGUGGUACUUGCAUUCCGAGGCACGGCUACAUGCCUGGAAUGGCUGGAAAAUCUCCGAGCCACUCUCACUCCUUUGCCCAGUGCUAAUUCCGAGCCAAGUGAAUGCUCAUGUCCAAUGGUGGAAAGUGGGUUUUUAAGUUUGUACACUUCCAGCAUCGGAAAUCGUCCGAGCCUGCAAAGACAGGUACGAGAAGAGGUUUCAAGAAUUCUCAAAAUUUACGAUGAUGAGCCUUUAAGCAUCACCAUCACCGGCCAUUCCCUCGGCGCGGUUCUUGCCACUCUCGCCGCCUAUGACAUUAAGAAAACCUUCGAUAACUCCCCCCUUGUCACCGCAAUAUCCUUCGCCGGUCCACGAGUGGGGAAUCGGAGCUUUAGAAGCCACCUCGAUAGACAAGGCACAAAAGUACUACGUAUAGUAAAUUCCGAUGAUCUCAUAACAAAAGUCCCAGGUUUUGUCGUCGACAACAACGACCAAAUGACGAACAAUUCUGAUACUCGCACGGCUAAUAUUUCAACGUGGAUUAAAAAAUUUGUCGAGGACACUCAAUGGGUGUACGCUGAUGUCGGUAGCGAGCUCCGUUUAAGCAGCCGGAGCUCGCCGUAUUUAAACGGCAUUAACAUUACCACCUGCCACGAGCUUAAGACAUAUUUGCACUUAGUCAACCAGUGCAAGAGAAAAACGAAGAAAACUUUAGUCAAUAGCUAA